AUGCCAGUGGACAAUCACCGGCAGCGACCGCUUCUCCCACGAACUGCCCAACCCCCACCCCUCGAGCCGAAUGCCACGAACCGCGAUGAUGGCAACUCAAAUGGACGCAAGAGACGUCGGUCUUAUGCCCCCAAAGCUUGCGACUUUUGCCGGGAUAAGAAGACGGCCUGCGACGGCCAUCUAGAGCGCUCGCAAUGCCUGCGUCGUGGGCUCAAGUGCGAGUACAGAGUGGUCACCGACACCAUUCUGAAGGCCAUUCCUGUCGGCUUCCAGCUCGUUGACAAGCAGCAGUCUCUGAGCAAUGCCGACGCCGCCGACUUGCUCGAAAUCCUGAAGAGGGUCCCCGAAGAUGAGGCUCUGGAGGGACUGCGGCUCCUGAGAACCGGCAACGAUCCAGCCCUCAUAUCCUCUGCUUUGCGGGGUUACGAUGCCGGCCUGUCGUUAGCUGCGCUUAACAGGGCAAGCUUACCACCCAUCCAGUCCUCCUUGGAGUUUGAGUUGAUGAUGAGGCACCCCGUUGCCUAUCCUACUUGGCAGCCGUUCCAGCCAUCCAAACUCGAUUUGGACUUCCUGUUGCUUCCGAGGGAGGUUGUCUGGAACGAGAGUCAAAGUGGCCCGACUGAGUACGUUGGCUCUCUGUUAAGAUCCCUGCUGACUUCCAACCCUGGUUUCAGAACCGCAGAUUCGUUCUCGCCGUACGCUCAUCGCCCCCGAGGGGAUAGCUCGAACUCGACGGGCCGAGUCGGGCCACGAAAUCCAUCGACAGUAUACGAUAAUCGGUUACUGAGUGUCGACAUAUCACAGUGGACGGAUGUGCCCAUCACCAACGAACUCUCCCUUGCGGUCCUGCAGCUCUAUCUCGAGACCGACCAUCCGAUGAUGCCGCUGAUUGACGUCGAUCUACUCCUGGACGGGCUGCUCGGUAAGAACGAAUUCUGCUCUCGGAUUCUCGUCAGCGGGCUAUUUGCCUGGGCUUGUCAGGGAUACGCAGCCUUCGAGCCCGAGGCCACUGUCGUGGGCUACUCAUUCUACGAAGAAGCAAAGGGACUGUGGAGGAGGAGCAAGGAGGCCCGAGUCGAAGACAACAUCUGUACUGUGGCAGCGAUGCAUUACUUGUUGAUGACUUCAGUCUCCCUUGGGGCGGGGGCGCAAUAUGUCGAGUUCCUCGACGACCUCUUGGACAUGUCCAAAAGGCUCGAACUCUUUAACGUUGGCCCCUCUCACGACUCACGGCUCGAUCUCGAGAAUAGCGCAAACUACCGAAAGGCCAAGUCCCAGAUUGCUUGGGUUCUAUUCGCUUGUCUCACCUUCUUCUCGACACAGCUCCAUCAGCGCCUGAUCGAGCACCCACCCCGCGGACCUUUGCCAGGCGACAGCAUACAUGCUGCGAGAGAUGCCGACACCAUACCCAAAGAAGACAAACGACGAGUCUACAAUGAAGUCUUGCUCACGGAGCACUGUCGUCUCUCCCAAAUAGUUCACGACGUGGUCAAAAUAAUGUACGGGCCGAAACAGACCCCUUGCGCCAAAGCUGUCUCUCUAGCCUUCGCCGAGGAGACGUACGGACGGCUUCUGAUGUGGGCAGAUAGCCUACCCCUAGAGCUGGCCCAGGGGGACCAUUGCACACAUCACGCUGUGAUUGCUAUCUCCAGCAUCUACCACCACUUGGCUAUCAUCGACCUCUUCCGGUCCCUUCUUCAGCACAAUGGCACUCCUUGGCAGCGACUCUCUACCUUCGAGUCUGAAGACUCCACCCCGGAUGCUGUUUACGCGGCAUCCGUGAAACAGUUGCAGAGAACCGUCCUCUUCUACCGGUACAACCACCCAGAGUCGGCAUACUCCUUCUUCUGGCACUCAGCGCUGCUGUACCUUGCCAACGCAAUGCUCACCGAGGCAAAGGUUCCUGGGCAUGCGCCCGACUGGCAGUUCUACCUCCGCCUCUGCAUUGCAUGCUACCAGACACUGUACACCGGCUUCCGCCUGGCCAAGGGAAUCACGCUGAGCCUGCUGUCUAUGGCCCUCGAGAAGGACGCGAUGGACAUCCCGCAGACGAGAACGAUCAGGAGGGAUCUCGAGCUGCUGGGAAAGCACCACCUGAUCCCCGACCAGGUUCCUGUCUACUGGGUCGUGGAUCUGGACCUGGCCUUGACGGAUCCUUUCGCGGCGCAUGCGGAGAACCUGGUACAGAGGUUUCAGAAGCUCCACCUCCGUGAGACGAGCGAAACGAAUGAGUCUUAA